AACUGGCUGAGCUAACCCAAAAUUGUCAAAAAUGUCCCUGAAAGCACAAAAUGUUGACAAGUAGAUCCAUGACUAGACCGUAACCCCCAAUUCCAAAGUGAGCACAUAGUGUUGCGCAGAUGAUACAACAAUAGCCACACUCCACAAUUGCAAUUUGCAAGAUCCCCAAAGGCCCCCACUCAAACCCCCUCCAUUAUUAUUGAGAGAAAGAAAAAAGACAAAAAGAAAGCGUAUUCAGUGAAAAAUAUUGGAGCAAAAAAAAAAAAAAAUGGAAGCUCUGCGUGUUUCAACUUCCUUCACAGGGAUCAAUUCUUCACGCUACAAAUCUAGAAGGAAACUCAAAGUCAAUCGUAAUCUCCUUCUCUCUACAGUUAAAACCAACAAAUCUUCAAUUUCCAUUCGCAAUCCCACAAAAUUUCGUGGACAAAUCCACUGCUCUGCUUGCAGCUGCUCCUCCCAUAAUCAUCAUCAUCAUGAGCAUAGUCAUGGUCAUGAUCAUCAUCAUCAUGAUCAUCAUGGGCAUGAUGGAGGUGAUGGUAAACUUACAAAAUUCCAGGAGGUAUUUCUUAAGUUUGCUACUGCUAUUAGAUGGACUCAAUUGGCGAAUUUCUUGAGAGAACAUUUAGAGCUUUGUUGUUGCUCAGCUGCUUUGUUUAUUGCUGCGGGUGUUUGCCCGUACUUUCUUCCCAAGCCAGCUGUACUGCCUCUUCAGCGUGUUUUCACUCUUAUUGCCUUUCCUCUCGUUGGGGUCUCAGCAUCACUUGAUGCAUUAAUGGAUAUUACUGGUGGGAAAAUCAAUAUUCAUGUACUGAUGGCUCUCGCAGCUUUUGCAUCAGUUUUUAUGGGGAACAUAUUGGAAGGUGGCUUGCUUCUGGCAAUGUUCAAUUUGGCUCAUAUAGCUGAAGAGUACUUCACUAGCCGCUCCAAGGGUGAUGUAAAGGAAUUAAAAGAAAACCAUCCAGAAUUUGCUCUUGUGCUGCAUGUAGACAAUCAAACCUUGCCUAGUUUCUCUGACUUGACAUAUAGUGAAGUUCCUGUGCGUGACCUGGAAAUUGGCUCAUUUAUAUUGGUUAAAGCUGGUGAGUCCGUACCGGUGGACUGUGAAGUUUCCCGAGGUAGAUCAACAAUUACUAUUGAGCAUUUGACGGGAGAAGUCAAACCUUUAGAUAGGAAAGAGGGGGACAGUAUUCCUGGAGGUGCACGAAACUUGGACGGUAUGUUGAUAGUGAAGGCAAAGAAGACAUGGAAAGAGUCCAUGCUCAGCAGAAUUGUGCAGCUGACAGAAGAAGCUCAGCUGAGUAAACCAAAACUCCAGAGAUGGCUUGAUAAAUUUGGCGAGCAGUACAGUAAAGCAGUUGUGUUGUUAUCUCUAGCAGUUGCUUUUCUUGGUCCAUUUCUUUUCAAGUGGCCCUUCUUUAGUACCGCAGCUUGCAGAGGAUCAAUUUAUCGAGCAUUGGGCCUCAUGGUGGCUGCAUCACCUUGUGCAUUAGCUGUGGCGCCAUUGGCUUACGCAACCGCCAUCAGUGCUUGUGCAAAAAGGGGGAUAUUGCUUAAAGGUGGACAGGUGCUUGAUGCCUUGGCUUCAUGCCAUAGUAUUGCAUUUGACAAAACUGGUACAUUGACAACUGGGGAGUUCACGUGCAAAGCAAUUGAACCGAUACAUGGGCAUGCUAGCAGUGUUGGAAAAGAAUAUGCUUCUUGUUGUGUCCGCAGUUGUGAGAAAGAAGCACUUGCUGUUGCAGCUGCAAUGGAGAGGGGUACAACUCACCCAAUUGGAAGAGCUGUUGUAGAUCAUAGCACAGGCAAAGACCUUCCUCCAGUUUCAGUUGAAAGUUUUGAGAAUUUACCUGGUAGAGGCAUCUUUGCAACAUUUACGAGCUUUGAGCCAGGACUUGGAGGCGGUAAACCAUGCAAAGCUUUUCUUGGUUCUGUGGAAUACAUCACCUCACUUUUCCAUUCUGAAGAUGAAUCAAGAAGAGUUAAGGAGGCAGUAAGCACAUCAUCUUAUGGAAUUGAUUUUGUCCGUGCUGCUCUCUCUGUUAAUAAUCAAAAGGUAACUCUUUUCCACUUUGAGGAUAAGCCGCGACCUGGAGUUUUAGAUGUCGUACAGACAUUGCAGAAUCAAGCUAAACUUCGUGUCAUAAUGUUGACUGGUGACCAUGAGGCAAGCGCAUGGAGAGUUGCUAAAGCAGUGGGCAUCGAAGAAGUUAACUGCAGCCUAAAGCCAGAGGAUAAGCUUUAUCACGUUACUAGCAUUUCCAGGGAUACAGGUGGCCUUAUAAUGGUAGGGGACGGCAUCAAUGAUGCCCCAGCACUUGCUGCAGCUGAUGUUGGUAUUGUGCUGGCUGAGCGAGCUAGUGCUGCUGCUAUAUCUGUUGCUGAUAUACUGUUGUUACAAGACAAUAUUUCUGGUGUCCCAUUUUGUGUUGCCAAAUCUCGUCAAACAACAUCCUUGAUCAAGCAAAAUGUGGUACUUGCUUUGUGUAGUAUUUUUGUGGCAUCUCUUACAUCAGUUAUGGGUUUCCUCCCACUCUGGUUGACGGUGCUCUUGCAUGAAGGUGGCACACUUCUUGUUUGUCUCAAUUCGGUUCGUGCUCUAAACCCUCCAACAUGGUCAUGGAAGGAGGAUAUUUCACAUAUCAUGGACAGAUUGCGUUCUCUAAUUAUGUUUUUGAGGCACGGCACACUACCUAGCACCAUUCAAGCAGCACAUUUGUGAUUAUGGACUUGCUCUUUAGCUGCUCACCUCCCAGUUGCGAGACGGAGUGGAGACUAAUUUCUUCCUGUGACCCAAAGUGAGGAUUCAAGAUGUGAAGAAUACACCGUGCAUUUUGAAUUUCCUCAUCAACUAGAUUGCCAGGUGGAGGGUUGAAGCCAAAUCAGUCAUAUGUAUAUUCUUGUUCAUGUUUCUGAACUUCCCAUGGUAUUAGGUUGUAUUGAAAUUUUUCUGUAAAAAGUUGGUUGGAAGAAGCAACCAGCAAUGCAUCUAAUUUUAAAGUAAGAUGUUAGGGAACCAUUAAUCAUGAGUUGUUCCUCUUGCACCACAUUUCUACAAGUCUCCUAUUGAAUAACGGCUUUGUGGUCU